AUGCGAAAUACCAGUUCUACCCACAGGGCGAGGAGUGAGCGUCCCCAACUUCAGAGGAACCGGAUGCAGAAGGAAGCCGGCUCUUCGUCCCCUCCCCGGGGCGUGGUGGUGACCUGUCCUAUACUCCCGACUCCCCGAACACACCCACGCGUCUUGGUGCUCCGCGGACUCGGAGGGGCAGGUCCCGCUGAGACGGGCGCCGGGGCUGAAGCCUCUCCCGUCGGGGUUCACCUCCCGCGGGGCACUGACGGUUUCCCGGAGGCGCAGGCUUCCACGGGGGUCGGCGGCCCCCUACUCCGCGCGUCCUGGCUCCCCCGUGUUUCCAGAACAUUCGGGGCCGGCCCCACCGGCCAUCUUCGUCAGCGCCCGUCCGUUCCAGGGCGCAGGGAUAAGCCGAGCUCCCAGGCGUGCCCAGGACCCGCGUCCCCGCACCGCCCUGUCGCCUUCCCGGGCCGCUCCGCGCAGCUCUUCAGCAGACGGGCCUUUCCCCGCCCUCCUGGGAUCGCGCCCUUCUCGCCCGCGAACAUCGCGUUCCCACCCGGCCUCGCCUGCCUGCGCUCUCGCGGACCUCGGGUACUAACAUUUCCCCUCUGCCCUUCACCACCGCCCGACUCCUUCCGGUCCCACCUCGGCUAUGUUCGUCAGGACUCGGGUCGCUCCGCCGAGAAUCGUCCGUUUCCGGCAGGCAGGGUACAGCAGCCGAACUUGCCUCCCCGCCCGGGGCCUCCUCGGGUUUCUCCGAACGUCCUUGCGCCCUGGCGGGUCGCUCUGUCCUGCGGAGUUCCCAACCUCCGGCCUCGGGUCCCUCCGCGCCUUCUUGGUCUUCUCCCCGAGGUCUCUGGUCCCAACGUUUUUCCGCGGGUCCCCCCUUCCACCCCGGAAUCCUACACAUCCGGUUCCGUCAGUCCACCCUUCUCGGGUCCUUCGUGCCUCCUCGGUUUCCUCCGUGUAUCCUCGGUCCUUUCCGCCAGGUCUCGGGGCUUUCCGUUUCUCCUGGGCGCAUACGCUCUAAGGCUGUGUCCCACAUCGCUGGCUGGGUCUCUCCGCCCCUUUUCGUGUCCCUCCGAGUCGCCUCGGUCCUUUCCGAAAGGCCUCGGCACCCUUCGUUUGCCUUCGGCUCUCUCCGUGCCUCGGAGAGGCGUGCGCAGUAUGAAUAAAUUAGUGCUGUAUGCUAUCUGAAACAGGCUCCCCAUC